AUGCCGUCGCCCUCGAGCUCCAAGCGCAGCAGCACCCACGGCCGCAUCGACAAGCUCGACUACCACUCCCCGCGCCGCCCACUGCUCGCCGCCACCGCCGCCACCGCCGCCACCGCCGCCACCGCCGCCACCGCCGCCACCGCCGCCUCGGACGCCUCCAGCCUCGACGCGGCCAGCAACAGCAACAGCCACAGCCACGCCGGCAGCUUCUUCGAGCACGUCGCCGAGGGCGUCAUGGAGCGCGACCGCGACCGUCUGCAGCGCCUCGCCGUGCGCUGGCUGAGCUUCGCCUGGGCCGUUGUCAACUGCCUCUGCGCCGGCAGCAUCACCGCCUACUCGCUGUACGCCCCGCUCUUCCAGCGCCGCCUGCACUACACCCAGCUGCAGGUCAACGCCGUCAGCAUCGUCGCCGAGCUGGGCAUGUACCUGCCCGUCCCGCUCUUCGGCUACCUGUGCGACCGCCUGGGCCCCGCCGCCCCCUCGGCCCUGUCCGCCGCCUUCUUCGGCCUGGGCUACCUGCUCGCUGCCUUUGCCUACCACAGCGGCCCCCCGCCCUCGGCCGGCGGACACGGCUGGCCCUUUGCCGCCAUGCUGCUGGCCUUCUUCGCCGUCGGCAUGGGCACCAGCUGCAUGUACCUGUCCGCCGUCACCACGUGCGCAAAGAACUUUGGCCGCGGCAACGCAAAGGGCAUCGCCCUGGCCGUCCCCAUCGCCGCCUUCGGUCUGAGCGGCAUGUGGCAGAGCCAGCUCGGCGAGCACGUCCUGUACGAGACCAACCCCGACGGCUCCCGCGGCCACGUCGACGUCUUCCGCUUCUUCCUGUUCCUCGCCGGCCUGCUCCUCGCCGUCGGCCUCGUCGGCACCCUCACCCUGCGCAUCAUCGACGAGGACGAGCUGAUUGACGACGCCGUCGACGAGCUCGAGCGCUCCGGCCUGCUCGCCCAGGACGCCUUCUUCACCGCCGCCGCCCAGACCCACGGCUACGGCACCCUGCCCCCGCACCACCUCUCCGACUCCACCUUGGACUUCCUCCACUCCGAGGCCGCCGCCCUCAAGGCCCGCCACGACGAAGAGGCCCGCAAGAAGACCUGGCUCCUCAACGAAGAGACCCGCCGCUACCUCCUCGACCCCACCAUGUGGUGGCUCGCCGCCGGCUUCUUCCUCGUCACCGGCCCGGGAGAAGCCUUCAUCAACAACCUCGGCACCAUCAUCAACACCCUCACCCCGCCGCACGUCGACGUCUCCACCACCCCCGCCACCCACGUCUCCAUUGUAGCCAUCACCUCCACCCUCGCCCGCCUGCUCACCGGCACCCUCAGCGACAUGCUGGCCCCGCCCGCCCCAGCACGCAGCCACCUCCAGGGGCCCGACAGCAUCGCCAACUCGCUCUCUUCGCUGCCGCCCCACCCCGCCCGCCGCUUCACCCUAAGCCGCGUCACCUUUCUGCUGACCUUUGCCCUGCUCCUCUCCCUCGGCCAAGUCCUGCUCGCCAGCGGCCUGAUCCAGAACCACCCCUCGCGCUUCUCCCUCGUCAGCGCCCUGAUCGGCGCCGGCUAUGGCGCCGUCUUCUCGCUGACCCCCAUCGUCGUCUCCGUCGUCUGGGGCGUCGAGAACUUUGGCACAAACUGGGGCAUUCUCGCAAUGACCCCCGCCGCCGGUGCUACCCUCUGGGGCGCCGUCUACGCCUUUGUCUACCAGCGCGGCGCAGAUGCCAUGACCAUGGGCGACAGGGACGAGGAUGAUGUUCUGUGCUACGGGAAGGCGUGCUAUGCCUCGACCUUUUGGGCCAUGGCCCUAUGCGUCUGGCUCGCUGUUGGCAUGUGGACGUAUGCCUGGCGGGGGCCUGGCGGGUGGAAGAGGAGGGGGGUUGCUGUGUAG